GCCUGCUUACUUAUCAGCCACCACUCCUCGUCGUUUGUAGCAUAUGCCAUACUCAUACCUGCUUUCCUCAUUGUGAGACACGACUCGAUACAACUUCUGUCUAUACCCAUCGCUUUCUUUCUUCAUCAUAAUUGCACCUUUUGAGGCAGUGAAACUACGGACGAUACUGACUCGAUGUAUUACACUUUAUGGUCAGCGUGGCGGUGUUGAAAUGCUGUCCAGGACCGAUCGGCACUAGCACCAAGCGCUCAAUAACAUUGUCCAGCCGCCAUUUAUAAAAAACCGGCGAUGCCUCAAACUCGAAUUCUUUCCCUUUUCUCCUACAAACGCGCAUAACUCUCCAGGACUUGUUCAUAACGUUUCUAUCCCCUAUAAAUAGCUCAUUGACAUACCCCAAGCUGAUGUCAAGUUCUAGUUUCAACGGAAACGCGAACUCCACACUACUUUCUGAACAAUAUGUUCAAGACUGUUUUCACAGUUAUCUCAAGUCCUCGCUCACUCAGGCGAAGGCAGAGAGACUUCUCGAUACAGAAAUGCUCUCUAGCGCAGAAGGGGACCUCAUGAUUACGGGUCCCGCUUUAUGUCUCUACUUUGCUGCACUUAGGUCAACCACGAAUCCUCCUUCCGUACCUCUACCACGAUUAAAUAAGAACGGUGGACCACCAACAGACCUAUCCCUGAACAAUUGUCCAAUGGCUUUCAGACCAUUUCUUAUCGUCUGGUCACACGCCGUGCCUGAUAUCCAAGCCCUAACACCCGAGCAUCAGCAUGAUCUCGCACGAGUAAUCUGCAACCUCCCACCUCUUUCUCAACCACUCAAUAUUCGACUCAACGGCAUUGCGGCUGAUCUCAGAGCAGUAGCCAUCGAGAUCAGUAUGCGACGUACCUUCCAAGACCGUUAUGCCACUGACCUUCAGGCGGCCAUCGACGCUGGGGAUCACAGCAAUUUGGGGGUCAAGGCGUCGUUUGUUCCCCCUCCAAGUUAUGAUGAGCCCAGUUCUCCUCCGGCUACUGCAUCUUCCUCUAGGAUACCACAUACUCCCCCAAGAGUAUCCCGGCUGAGCCUGCAGAUUCCCCCACCGAGUCCUUCGGGAUCGUCGAGACGCUCACCUAGCCCUGCACCCACUAUCCUCGCUGAAGAUGCACCAGCAAUAGACUUCAUCCGUGAAACGCUAUACGCAGCGCUCGCAAGCGUCUUCGAGCACAUGUCGGGUCUACGCAGUCUUAUACGGAGGGAUCCGGCUCGAGCGUAUUUCGCGGCAGUUGCAUUUGCUAUCCUCGACGUCGCUUCGUCUACGUCAAUAAAGCAUAGCGCGGAUGGCGAGCCAGUAAUCCAUGGUGUCCUCGACAGAUCGCUGUCCCUUUCAGAAUGUCCAGCUGACCUUCGACCAUUCAUGCAGGAACUAUGUGCAAUAGGUCAGAAGAUGAAAGAGAUGCAAGAAGAAGACUCAGAGGCGACCGUUGACGCUUUACAACACGGCCAAGAACCGCCUCUCCCUCGGCUUGAUCGUGUCAGAGGUAUCAUUGAAGGUGGAGUGGGGCAUGUAUACAAUGAACCCCGAUCUCGAUCUCGGAGUCCUUGUAUAAGUGGUGAAGAGAGACGCUCGCAUGAUGGUCAAAGACCAAUGUCAACGGACCCCAGACGGAGGAAAACGAGUACGGAGAACAGGGCUGUGGCAUUUGCGAAUCGAAUUAAUGCACUUGCGUUGGCUAUGACAAAGCUGAGGGCAUUUAGGGAGAGGCAGGAUAUAGUGUUCAAGGUGCUAUCUGGCACGUCGAAGAGGUAGUAGUUGGACUCUGUUUCAAGUUUAUGUAUCUUUAUGCUAUCUUACUGUAUCUUGUAUAACGUGUUAACAGUACUGAGAAAUGGCAUAUUCAAUUUCAGUG